AUGUUGCCCCCAAUUUGGAACAUAGUGUUUCUCGUGUUUCUACCGCUCGUGUUGGGCACCUCCGAUUCCAUUCUUCUGGAAGGCGAGAAACAAUCUGGCUCAUACUUGACAGAUAUCCUAGAGAAGAAAAUCGAUUCGAGUCGUGUGAUCUUCGACGACGAGAAGAAACGCAAAGAGGGCAGCUUCGCUCGUAACAGGGGACAGCUGGGAUUUAACGAACGUAAGCAGGACGAGAAACGAUACGAUAAGCAAGAUACGGCGCAGAAGGGCUACGACAAGGGGAGGCAUAGUUUGGGCGAGUCCGAGGCCAUCGAUCAGGGAAGAAAUUCUUUCGGGCGACACGGGAAUGGAUAUUACAAGAAAGGGCAUCACAGGACCGGUUUCAGCAACAACUACCAUAAGGACGAGUCGGGAAAUAACUCGAGCUUUUACGAGGACAGCGACGACGAGGGGGGCCAUAGGUCGUCGGGGAACGGCGGCGUUUAUUAUGGGCAAAAAUCACGGGACUCGUUCAGGGACGGUGCUCGCGAUGCCUCCUAUAAUGAACGAGACCGAGCGGAGCAGGGAUCGUAUGACAAUAGGCAGGAUUACCAUGAUUAUCGCGAUCAUAGCGGAGGAUACCACGAUGAUCGAUACAAAGACGACAGAAGAAACUACUUCCAAGAUGAGGCGGGACGAUAUUUUGAUCGAAAUGGAAAAGAUAUUCAUUAUCAUAGAGAGAAACUGUAUCCAACUAUUCGUCGUAAUAACAAUUAUGUGCCAUCAUUUGGGCAUUCCCGUCAUAAUGUAGACUCAUUAUCCAGGGAAUAUUACAAAGACGAUUCUUACGAUGAUCCUUAUUCGAGAAGUUAUCGAUAUUUUCCGAAUGGACGAACGGAUUAUGAUUAUGAACUAUAUUAUCCUUACAGGGGACAUUACGAUAGAAAUCAUCGUGGCGAUUUCUAUGAUAAUGAAUACCUAGAUAAAUAUAGAAAUGGUUUCAGCAACGGGUAUUAUAGAGUUUGA